AUGCCAGUUGCAAACGAAGUGCUUGAGGCCUCGGUCCUCGAUCGCGCGAUCAACGACACGUCCGAUCAAACUGUACGCGCGGUUCUCAAAUCCAUCUGCGCGAAAAACGAUGAAGCCCGCAAAGAAGCCGAGCAUCAACUGCUAGCGAUGACCACCGAUUCCAAAGCGAACUCCGACAGCAAUAAGAGACUAGUCUCACGCUACGCGUUUUGUGUCAAUUGCGAGAAGGAAUUCGAUGUCACGACCAACACGGAGAAAACCUGUCGAUACCAUCCCAACAAAAAUGAGCCCACUGGCGACGAGCUUUAUGAGGACAAUUGGGAUGAGUUUGACGUGGACACCGAUGAAAUGCGCGAGGACUUUCCAGAGUGCUUUACGUUUAGCUGCUGUGAUGGGAAUCUCAGAGAUAACCCCCAUGGAUGUGUGAUCGACUUCCAUCAAGAACAGUAUCCCGACGGGGAGCCCUCGAAACGGCUGAGGGCACUUUGA